AUGCACAGGUCAAGGCGACCCAGCACCGCGCCAGCACCCUCGCGCACCCGCGCCCUCGUCGCGUGCCUCGCCCUCGCCGUCCUCGCCCUCUCGCUCCCUCAACCCGCCUCGGCCGCCGCCGCCCUCCCGCAGGGCGUGUCCCCCGCAGGCGACUACCUGUGCCGCAUCGACGCAGACUGCCAACCCUGCCCACCACAAGAGCUCGACUCGCCCGUCUGCAAGCUGUGGGGCAACCGUCGACCUCUGAGCUGCAUCCCGCGUCUCGCCGCACCGGCGCGCCACAACCUCGCCGACGCCGACCCUCCCCAAUCCUCCUCCUCCUCGUCCUCCUCGCCCCGGCCCGACUCGGCACGGCAUCCAGCCUCAACCCCGCCAGCGCCCGCCGUCGACGCCCACGACAAGCCCCUCUCGCCCGCCGAGCAAGAGCUGCGCGACGUCAUCGACGCAGGCCGCCGCCGACAACGCCGCUCGCCGCCUCUCGACGGGCCCGGCGUCGUCCUCGUCGCGCACGACUCGCCCGAGUGGGCCCUCGCCGCCCGCCUCGCGCGACGAGCGGGCCCAGGAGGCGGCGAGGACGGCGGCGACGAGGCGCUCGAGGGCACGACUAGGGGCGUCCAGGACGUGCUCCACACGUGGGAGGCGUGCCCAAAGGUCCUCCGCCAGGAGUACAACGACUACUUCGAGUUCAUCAUGUGCAACGUCGCGUUCGCCGUCGUCGGCGGCCUCCUCCUCAUGUACCGCCAGCGCACCCUCGCCCUGCGACAGUUUGGCCGCCUCGCCGCCCGCAUCAUGCAGACCGAGAUCUCGUGA